UAUAGGCCAGCCAUCCCAGUCCCUUGUAUAGUUGUGUCUCCAUCUGUCUCUGUGUGUGGCGUGUGUGUAGUUAGGGCUGGUGGUCUAGUACUAGUCCUUCUCCUCCUCCUCCACCUCUCCCUCCUCUGCUAUAAAGGCCGGCGGAGAGGAGGUGAUGACUCACCGCCGAGCAUGGGGGGAGAUCAUCACCACCACGACAUGGCGCGCAGCGCAGGCGGCGACGACGGGCAGCAAGCGCACGACAUGGUGAUGCCGGGCUUCCGGUUCCACCCCACGGAGGAGGAGCUCAUCGACUUCUACCUCCGCCGGAGGGUCGAGGGAAAGCGCUUCAACAUCGAGCUCAUCAACUUGGUCGACCUCUACCGCUACGACCCAUGGGAUCUCCCAGCCUUGGCUUCAAUUGGGGACAAGGAGUGGUUCUUCUAUGUGCCAAGAGACCGCAAGUACCGGAACGGCGACCGGCCGAACCGGGUCACGCCGUCGGGCUACUGGAAGGCCACGGGGGCGGACCGGAUGGUGCGCGUCGACGGCAACCGGUCAAUCGGGCUCAAGAAGACUCUGGUGUUCUAUGUGGGGAAGGCGCCCAAGGGCCUCAGGAGCAGCUGGAUCAUGAAUGAGUACCGCCUUCCUCAUGGCGAAGCGGAUCGGUACCAAAAGGAAAUUUCCCUCUGCCGAGUGUAUAAACGCCCUGGGAUAGAGGACAACUUCCACCUCACCACCACCACAACAAGAUCGUCCGGCUCAAAGGCGGCAGCAACGGCGGACAAGAAGCACCGGACGUCGGCGUCGCCCCGCCUGGCGCCAAUAUUCGACGGCGGCCACUCAUCAGCUCUCAUGAAUAAGCCAUACAAUGGCACAAACACCGGCAUGACAUCGUCUGCUGCAGCUCCAGCAGCAGCAAUGGAGCUUCAGACGUCAAUGUUCUUGUCGACCCCCUCCGUCGUCUCGCUGAGCUCCACCACGUCAACGGAGGAGGACGGUACAUCGCUCUACCACUUGAAGGGAGCCAACCCCAUGCUACCCUCUUCUACGCACGCCCUGCUUAAUGCAAACUCCACUACAAUGGCAACCAUCCCAAUAGAUGAGCUGAGUAGGGCUAUUGGGUCAUACAAUAACCAGGCAAACCCUAACCAGCCCCUGCCAUCACAAGGCCCAUUGCUUCCUUUCCCUAGCAUGGAAAAGAUUUGGGAUUGGAACCCUAUGCUAGAAUCUCCCAAGGUUUGCACAAACUUCAAGUAACUUCUACAUGCACAUAUGCAUGCAUGAUCUAGGGCUUAAAGCAUGCUUGCGUGAUCGUAUUAUAUGUAUACAUAUGUAUAUGUAGACACUUAAUUAUUUGGGCUAGGACAUGGUUAAUAUGUAACGGAAUAGGAUGAUGUAGUUCUAGUCCCAUGCAAUUGCUGCUCCAUGAAUCAGUUCACAUAGCCUGUGUAACAAUAUGUCAAUUUCUAUUUGAUCAUGCAGACUUGUAGCAUAAAUCGAUUAGAGAUGGAAUAAAGAAUAUUAUUUGGCCUUACGUA